AUGGCCAAGUUCAGGGUGAGGGUAUCCACCGGAGAGGCCUUGGGGGCCGGCACGUGGGACAAAAUCUCUGUCAGCAUCGUGGGGACCCGAGGAGAGACCCCCCCACUGCCCCUGGACCAUCUCGGCAAAGAGUUUAACGCGGGCGCCGAGGAGGACUUCGAGGUGACGCCCCCCCAGGACGUGGGCCGGGUGCUGCUGGUGCGCGUCCACAAGGCGCCCCUAGCGCGAUCCCGGCCCCUCGCGCCCUCGGCCGGGGACGCCUGGUUCUGCCGCUGGCUCCAGCUCACGCCGCUGCACGGGGCCGCGUCGCUAUGCUUCCCCUGCUACCAGUGGCUGGAGGGCGAGGGGAGCCUGCUGCUGCGGGAGGGGACAGCGAAGAUCUCCUGGGAAGAUCACCACCCCACGCUCCAGCAACAGCGCAGGGAGGAGCUGCAGGCCAGGCGGGAGGCCUACGGCUGGAAGACUUACAUCCCAGGCUGGCCUCGGUGCCUCAACGAGGAGACUGUAAAAAACCUGAACCUCAACAUCAAAUAUUCUGUGGCCAAGAACACCACCUUCUACCUGCGGGGCGGCUCUGCGUUGGCUGAGCUGAAACUCAAAGGGCUGCUGGACCACAAGGGACUCUGGAAGAGUCUGCAGGAAAUGAGACGGGUGUUCAACUUCCGGAAGACUCCAGCUGUGGAAUACGUGUUUGAGCACUGGCAGGAGGACACCUUCUUCGCCUACCAGUUCCUGAAUGGCCUCAACCCCGUCCUGAUCCGACGCUGUCACUACCUCCCCAAGAACUUCCCUGUCACCGAUGCCAUGGUGGCCCCAGUGUUGGGCCCUGGAACAAGCCUGCAGGCCGAGCUGGAGAAGGGGUCUCUGUUCCUGGUGGAUUACAGCCUCCUUGCUGGUGUCCGCACCAAUGUCAUCAAUGGGAGGCCUCAGUUCUCCACGGCCCCAAUGACCCUGCUAUACCAGCGCCCCGGCCGUGGGCCCCUGCUGCCGCUCGCCAUCCAGCUCAGCCAGACCCCUGGGCCCAACAGCCCCAUCUUUCUGCCCAGUGAUGACAAGUGGGACUGGUUGCUGGCCAAGACGUGGGUGCGCAAUGCCGAGUUCUCCAUCCACGAGGCCCUCACACACCUGUUACAGGCACACCUGGUGCCCGAGGUCUUCGCCCUAGCUACGCUGCGCCAGCUGCCCCACUGCCACCCCCUCUUCAAGCUGCUGAUCCCUCACACUCGAUAUACCUUGCAUAUCAACACGCUGGGCCGAGAACUGCUCAUCGCCCCUGGGCAGGUGGUGGACAGGUCCACAGGCCUUGGCAUUGGAGGCUUCUCUGAGCUGAUACAGAAGAACAUGGAACAGCUGAACUAUUCUGUCCUGUGUCUGCCUGAUGAUAUCCGGGCCCGAGGAGUUGAAGACAUCCCAGACUACUACUACCGGGAUGAUGGGAUGCAGAUCUGGGGUGCAGUGGAGCGCUUUGUCUCCGAAAUGAUCGACAUCUACUACCCAAGUGAUGAGUCUGUCCGCAAUGACAGUGAACUCCAGGCCUGGGUAUGGGAGAUCUUCUCUGAGGGCUUCCUAGGCCGGGAGAGCUCAGGUCUACCCUCCACCCUGGGGACGCGGGAAGCCCUGAUACAGUACGUCACCAUGGUGAUAUUCAACUGUUCCGCCAAGCAUUCGGCUGUCAGUGCGGGGCAGUAUGACUUUGGUGCCUGGAUGCCCAACCUGCCACCCACCAUGCAGCUGCCACCGCCCACCUCCAAAGGCCAGGCCAGGCUGGAGGGGUUCUUAGCCACUCUCCCACCAGUCAAUGCCACGUGUGAUGUGGUCACUGCCCUCUGGCUGCUGAGCAAGGAGCCUGGAGACCGACGGCCCCUGGGCACCUACCCGGAUGAGCACUUCAUUGAGGAGGCCCCGCGCCGGAGCAUCACUGCCUUCCAGAGCCGCCUCGCUGAGAUCUCGCGAGACAUCCAAGAGCGAAACCGCGGCCUGGCGCUACCCUACCCCUACCUGGACCCUCCCCUCAUUGAGAACAGUGUCUCCAUCUAA